AAAAUCCUCAAACUCUGGGCUGCUGUGAUGGUGGCAACCAGCAUACAUGUUCGUAGACAAUUGCCUGUGAUUCUCUUGGAUUUCCCGCACGGUGUCUCUUUUUCCAGACAUGCAUUAUCCUGUGGGGCUUUCUUCAGGUGAUGCUAUGGGGAAACCUCCAAGCUCUUCUGAGUUGUAAAGCUCCUGGCUUUGUGUUCCAAGGAAUGGUUGUAAAAAUUAAAGACAACACGUAACUCCCAAUCCUGAGGCCGACGUCCCACGUCUCCCUUCCUUGAGUCCUCCUGCCUCAGCCACUCUCACUGCCACAGCAUGGCCAUCUCCUCACGCCUGGCCCUGUGGGAGCAGAAGAUCAGGGAAGAGGACCGCAGCCCCCCACCAACCUCCCCACCCCCUCUCUUUUCGGUCAUUCCCGGGGGCUUCAUCAAACAGCUGGUGCGGGAAACAGAAAAGGAGUCCAAAGAAGCAAAACUGAAAGACAGAAUUACAUUAAACACUAAGGAAGACCCUCCGGGGAAGCAGAUUGAUGGAACGGUCCAGCAGUUUGUGAUCAAAGACGCCGACAUUAUGCAAGUGGGAAAGGAUGUGGCUGGCAAGGGGGAGCUGCUGCAGGACAGGCUGAACGGCGAGAAGCCCAACGGGGGAGGCGUGGCUGAGAUCCCAGAGAGGAAACCCUCGCCUUUCAAGAGGUGCAGCGCCAAGCAGCCUGUGCCGCCUGCAGCUCAGUCAGUACCAGCUGCCCCCAAGUCAGGAGAGCAAACACCCCCCAAUGCCUCCCAGGCUCCCAAAGUGCCUGCUGCAGUGCAAAACAAAAACGGCAUCUCAGGGGAUGCCAAAGCUGGCACAGGCCCGUCACAAAACACCACAGAAAUGGUGAAGAAAUGCCCUCCACUUGGGAGCAAACACUUGGAAAGCCCCAAGAGAGACACUGGGAUACAAAAACCCAAGGAAGAGCCCCAGAGCAGGCCAGGCAGCAAGGAGAAGGCGGCAAGGAAGGGGAAAGAGUUAGGAGACCCCCGAGAGAGGCCGGGAGAGGCUGGGGGGAAGCCGGCAGGAGCCAAGGUGAAACUAGGAAUGUAUGGAAAGCGGUCAGGAGAAAGGAGGGAGGAUCCGGCAGCAGCAGUGAAAGGCUCAACAGAGGCGGAGAAGCAGGGCGGAAGUGGAAAAGGGCCAGAAGAAAUCCAAGAGAAGCCAACCGGAGCCGGAGAAAAAGGGAAGCAAGAGUCUGCUGUGGGAGAAACUACUGGAGAACUGGAAAUGGAAGUGAGGUUGGCUGAAGCCCAGGAGGCAACAGGAAGAGAACUUGGGGACGGUGCCACGUGUGAGCAGGCACAGGAGAAGGACGUGUGGUACGAAGCAGAGAAGGUCUGGCUGGGCCAGAAGGGUGGAUUCACUCUUGCGACAGAACUGAAGCCAGAUGUUGGGACUCCAGAACUACCUCAAGGGAGAGUCCGGGUUCGAGUGGAAGCAGAUGGAUCCGUCACUGAGGUGGAUGAAGAAAACAUCCAGAGGACCAAUCCUUCCAGGUUCGACCAUGCCGAAGACUUGGCCUCCCUGAUCUCUCUGAACGAGGCGAGCACCCUCAACACGCUCCAGUGCCGGUACCAGUCGCAGCUGCUCUACACCUAUGCUGGUGCCGACUUGGUGGCCAUCCAGCCUUGUUCUUCCGUGGCCAGCUACUCGAAAAAGGCGUUCAGAGGCAGGCGGGACGGGAUGCCUCCACACAUCUUCUCUGUGGCCCAGAGGGCUUACUGGAGCCUGCUUAUGCAGAGGCAGGAUCAGACCAUCAUGCCCCUGGGCAGGAGCGGGGCUGGCAAGACCACCUGCUGCCAGCAUGCCCUGGAGUACCUGGCAGCCACUGCCGGCAGUGUGGACAACCGAGUCACAGUGGAGAAGAUCCAAGCCAUGUUCACGGUGCUGAGAGCCUUUGGAACUGUAUCCAGCAGCCACAGCCCCGCUGCCACCCGCUUCUCCAUGGUCAUGGCGCUGGAUUUCGGUGCGACGGGACGAAUAACGGCUGCUCAUCUGCAGACGAUGCUGCUCGAGAGGGUCCGUGUGGUGCAACGGCCGGAGGGAGAGGGCAACUUCAGCGUCUUCGCUCAGAUGCUGGCAGGGUUGGAUUUGGAUCAGAGGACAACUCUACAUCUACACCACGUGGUGGAGAGCAACUCUUUUGGCAUCCAGCCGUGCUUGAAGGGCGAAGAGAAGCAGAAGGCAGCAGCGGCAUUUUCUCAGCUCCAAGCUGCCAUGGAGACCCUUGGAAUCAUGGCGGAGGAGCAGAAAGCCGUUUGGCGAGUCUUGGCUGGUAUUUACCACCUGGGAGUUGCAGGAGCAUGCAAAGUCGGCAGGAAGCAGUUCAUGAGGUUCGAGUGGGCCAACAACGCUGCAGAAGUGCUGGGGUGUGAGUUCGAGGAGCUCACCACAUCUGUUUUCAAGCACCACCUCAAGCGGAUUAUCGAGCAAGUCACGUCUGGCUCUAGGGGCCCGCUUGGCCAGGACGAGGAUCAGCCAGAGGGCCCCAAGAUGACCGGUGUGGAGUGCGUGGAGGGGAUGGCGGUAGGACUCUACGAGGAGCUCUUUGCUGCUCUUGUGUCUCUAAUCAACAGGUCCUUCUCCUCCAAUCAUCUCUCCAUGGCCUCCGUAAUGGUGGUGGACACCCCUGGCUUCUGCAACCCACGGCACCAGAGGGAGGAGAGGGCCGCCACGUUUGAAGAGCUCUGUCGCAACUACACUCAGGAUCGGCUGCAGAUGCUCUUCUACGAGAGGACCUUUGCGUCUGCACUGAGGAGGUAUCAGCAGGAAAAUAUCGAGGUGGCCUUUGAGCUGCCGGAUCUUUCUCCCGCAACUACAGUGGCCAUUGUGGAUAAAAACUCCUCCAAGGUUCACAUCUCAGCUGGGGGCGCUGAGGAUCCGAAGGGCCUGUUCUGGAUUCUGGAUGAGGAGGCCUUGCUCCACGGCUCCAGCGACAGCGGAGCGCUCGAUCGCCUGUGCUCUCACUUUACGGAGGAAGGGACGCCUGAGGAAGAACCAGGGUCCCUCCGCAAGUGUGAGCAGCCACUGCAGUUCGAGAUCUCCCACCAGCUUGGCCAAGACCCCGUCCGUUAUGAUGCCUCCGGUUGGGUGGCUAAAGCCAAGUGGAACCUCUCGGCACAGAACGCAAUCCAGAUUCUGCAGCAGUCAAAAAUAGACGCUCUGAAGAAGCUGUUUUUGCAGCGGUCCAAAGUGCCCCUGGUGUGCCGGUCAGUGGCAGGACUGGACGGAAGCUCCCAGCAAACCCUACAGCGUGUUGGCUGCGUGAGGAAGACCUUCACCAGCAGCUUUGCAGCUGUGAAGAAGAGGUCCGUGUGUGCUCAGAUCAAACUGCAGCUGGAUGCUCUUGCUAACCUAGUGAAGCGAUCCCAGAUCCAUUUUGUUCAUUGUCUCAUCCCAAGAACGGAUGCAGACAGGAUCAAAGAGAAGACGCCGCAGCCCUCGGGGAUGCCAGGGGCAGCCGGGUGGGACGUCCCAGCGCUGCGAGUCCAGCUUUCCGGGGCCCAGAUCUUGGAUGCUUUGCGGCUCUAUAGAGCAGGCUACGCGGACUGCAUGGCGCUGACUCAGUUCCGGCGCCGCUUCCAGAUCCUGGCUCAGCCGGUGAUGAAAAAAUACACCUCUGCCUACGAGGCGACAGAUGAGGAUAAGGCCCUGGAGGAGCUCUUCCAGGCUCUCGAUUUGGAGAAGAAAAGCUUUGCAGUGGGUCACACUCAGGUGUUCCUGAAGGCCGGUCUGCUCUCCAGGCUUGAGAGGCAGCGGGAUAAGCUGGUGUCCCCGAGCCUGACUCUCCUCCAAGCCGCCUGCAAAGGGUUCCUCUCCCGGCAGCAGUUCAAGAGAUUAAAGAUCCAGGGUUUGGCCACUCGCUGCAUCCAAAAGAACCUGGCAGCGUACCAAGUGGUGAAAGCCUGGCCCUGGUGGAAGCUGAUGUGCUGUGUGAGGCCACUGCUGAGCGCCAGCCUGGAGGAAGGCCAACUCCGAGCCAAGGAGGAGGAACUUGAGGCGCUCAGGAAGAAGCUGCAGGCCUCAGACCUUUCGCGCCAGGAGCUUCAGCAGAACACAGAAGUGCUGGAAACGAAGAUUGUGGAUCUCACGACAGAGCUAUCAGAUGAACGCCUAAAAGGUGAUGUGGCUUGCCAGGUGUUGGAAGGGGAACAGGCCGAGAGGCUGCGAGGGGCACGAGAGAUCAAAGAGCUGCAGAGCAAAUAUGACCAGCUACAGAGGAAACUGGAGUCUGCAGAAAAACAGCUGGAGGAAAUGCAGCAGGAGCUGCAGCUCCGUGACCUUGAAGCCCGAAGCUCUGGGGAAGAAGGCGAAUGGCAAAUGCGCCUAGACUGUGCACAGACUGAGAUCGGGUUUCUCCGGAAGAGGAUCUCCCAGCUGGGGGAAAGGGUGGAGUCGGAGCAGAACUCCAAGCAAGAGCUGGAGCAGAAGCUCAGUGAGGCGCAGAAAGCCUACGAGGGAGCCAAGCGGGGGGCGCAGCAGCUGAAGAGGAAGUGCAAGCAGUUGACCUGUGACCUGGAGGACACCCGGGUGCUGACGGAGAGCCAGCAAAGCCGCAACCACGAGCUGGAAAAGAAGCAGAAGAAGUUUGACAUGCAGCUGGCCCAAGCCUUGGGAGAAUCUGCCUUCGAGAAAAGCCUGCGUGAGAAAGUGGCUCUGGAGAACACGAGCUUGCAGUAUGAGCUGGCGAGGCUGCAGCGGAGCUUGGAGGAAAAAGAAUCAGAAAAUGCCAGCCUCAGCCAGCGGAUCACGGUGCUGGGUUCCCGUGUGCAGGAGCUGAGCUCCCCCAGCAGCCUGGAUCCCACUGCCGUGGCCGCUCUCCGGAAGAAGCUCUGGGACCUGGAGGCGAGUGCCUCUGAGCAGCAGCAGGCGCUGAGCUGCCAAGCACGCACCAUCGAGCAGCUGGAACAGCUGCAUCUGAGACUGGAACUGGAAAUAGAGAGGACGAAGCAGCUGCACCAGAAGGAGCUGGAAGACAAAGAGGAGGAGCUGGAGGACGUCCGGCAGUCCUGCCAGAAAAGGCUUCGCCAGCUGGAGAUGCAGUGUGAGCAGGAGCAGGACGAGAAGCAGGCGAUCCUCCGCGAGAAGCAGGACCUGGAAGGCCUCAUUGCAACGCUUUGCGAGCAGAUCGGUCACCGAGACUUUGACGUGGAGAAAAGGCUCCGGCGCGACCUGAAGAGGACCCACGCUCUGCUGGCUGAUGUGCAGCUUCUGCUGGCCACCGCCGGGGGAGACACUGGUCCACUGGGAAGCCGAGAGGAGCUGGAGAAGCUUCGUAGCCAGUGGGAGGAAAGCGAGGCCAGGCGUGCUGCGGCCCAGGAGUCCCACGAGGCGCUGGCUCGGGAGCUGGAGAGCAGGCACGCGGAGCUGGAGGCCGUCGCCCGGAACAAGAACUUGGUUGAUGAACAGUUGUAUCAGCUGCAGCACGAAAGAGCUGAUCUCCUGAAGCGCAUCGAAGAGGACCAGGAAGACCUGAACGAGCUGAUGGACAAACACAAGACCCUGAUCGCUCAGUCUGCAACAGACAUUGCCCAGAUCCAAGAGUUACAGGCGCAGCUGGAUGAGGUGAAGACGCAGAAGCACAGCCUGCACGAGAAACUGCAGGCGGCUCAGACCCGGUUGGCCUACUUGGAACAGUCGAUGGUGGAGCGGUCCAUUGUCAGUCGCCAGGAGGCCGUGAUCUGUGACCUGGAAAACAAGAUGGAAUUCCAGAGGGUUCAGAUCAAGCGCUUUGAGAUGCUGGUUCUUCGUCUUCGGGACAGCGUCAUCAAGGUGGGGGAGGAGGUGGAGAAAGCGAAGGAAGCGGAAGUGCGAGAAAAGGAGAAUGCCCGCUACUACCAGCUUCGGAUGGAGGAGAUGAAGGCAGACCUGACGGAGCUGGCACAGAGGGAGCUGGAAGCCAAUCGCAGGAGAGUGGAGCUGGAGAAGCAGGUGGGGGAGCUUUCUGCAGUGAGGCAGACGCUGCAGGCAGACCUCGAGACCUCCAUCCGGCGCAUUGCGGACUUGCAGGCCGCUCUGGAGGAAGUGCAGUCAAGUGAUGAAAGUGACACAGAGAGUGUCCAGACAGCUCGAGAAUCGCUCAGCUCAAAGCAAGAGACGGAGAGCCAGCUCAGUCUGGGGUCCACGUGGAGCAUAAACCUGGAGCCGGAAGGAAGUGUCCAGUCAUGGUCGGGUUCGGCAUCUGGCUGGUCCUCUGCAUCAGGCGCGAGUCUGGCCGGAUCCCUCUUGAGACAGCCUGCAGACAGCCGCAGCGCGCAGAGCCUGAGAAUAAACAAGGAUCGUGCCCGGAGCCCUCCAGCGUUGUCGUCAUUAAGUGUUAAAAGAUGGGAAUAUGGAAAAAAUGCAGGGGAAGAAGGUCUGGGCAAAGCCACAAGCCCUUCCAUUGGAGCUCAGAGAUGGGAAUAUGGGAAGCUCGUUUCCAGAGAGGAGUCUGACAUGCCCAAAAAAUUAGGAUCUGGAUCUCCACCCGUGAUGAGAAAGAGGUUGUCUCCAGCAGCAUCUGCAGAAGAAAAACUGCCAAGUCCUGUAUCCCCAUCGGUGAUUAGAAGGAUGUCUCCUUCAACUGAUGGCAAGUUGUUACGCUCUUCUUCUGCACUUUCUGAAUAUGUUGAAGAACUGCGGAGACAGAGACUGAAAGACAAAGAACCAGGGGCCUUGGCAUCGGAUGAGGCUUCCUCCUUGCCCAUUUACCAAACUACCGGGGCCUCAUCCCUGAGAAGAUACAGGACUUUGAAGGAUGACGAUGAUGAUUUCCCAGUGAAACCAGACCAACUGGGUGAACCUGCUGCAGCUGGUCUGAUUCGGUCCUCCAGCUUGAGAAGCAUUUCCUCCGAAGGCUUGACGCGAACAACCCCCUCGCCCGUUCUGAAGAGGCCCUCCAGGUUCGGUUCCUAUGACUCCCUUGUUCAGAACAGAGGUGAUGUACACGCAGAAGUCGGUUCGCCAGCCCCGGGAGGAGAAACGUUCAGUCCAUCAAGGUAUAAGCCAUGGAGAAGUUGCCUGGCAGCAUCGCUAGAAGGAACCAUGGCUACUGCCCCAGCCACAGAUCCUCUGGUGUUUCAGAGCAAGAGAUUUGGUGAUGCCCCGAGCGAAGCGAAGGAAAGCAACCCGUUCUCUUGGGAAAUACCAACUUUAAGCUAUGAAAGAAAGACAAAUGUUGAAUACGAUGACAUCCUCCCAGCCAUCCGGAAGACCCAGUCCACAAGCAGCUUGUCCCGAGGCCCCAAAGGAAGGAAGGAAGGCCACAGGCCCAUGAGUGUCCAUUUUGAAGACCAGGUCUCCGCGGAUCGCACUUCCUUCUCUGAGAGCCCUUUGUCCCCAAGUCUAAGACCCAAAGAGGACCCUGGAGACCUCUCCGAUUCCUCCUCGUCUUCUGGCUCUGUUGUUUCUUUCAAAAGCGCCGACAGCAUCAAGAGCCGGCCAGGAGUGCAGCGGUUAGAGGGGGAAGGCUGUGUUGAGAAAGCCAACUCCACGAGCACCAGAGAUGGCGGGCGGUCUGAGGCUGACGGGAAGGAUGACGACGUGAACAGCAUCAUGAUGAAAUACCUGGGGAAAGAGUAAGGCACUUCAACAAGAAGUGGCAUCAAAGAUGGAUCCAUUUGGACCACUCUCAACCUCAGGCAGUGGUUUCUCCUCCCUUGGCCCUGUCUGUGUUUCCAACCCGAACGCUCAAAGAUGUGUGAGAGACAGAAGUUGUUUGUGGAGCUCUCUGUGACUUAUACAAAAUAAAACAUUGGCUUAUUUGA